AUGGCUGCAAAUAUUCCUGGCAAAGGAUCGAGGCCUAUCUUGGUCGGUAACGUGUCCGGGUCCACCGGUGACCGACUAGACGCUUUGAAGUUGAUGCUGAAGGGCGAUACGAUAGUUGAUGCCAUCAUUGGAGACUGGUUGUCAGAGUUCAAUUUGGCUUCGAGGGCACUUCAGGCUCGUGCGGGUAGAAAAGGCGGCUAUGAGCCUGGAUUUCUGUACUCACUUCGCGAGGCCCUCGAUGAGUACAUCGACUACAAGAAUCAACACCUUCGGAUCGCCGUGAACGCCGGCGGUCUGAAUCCACGGGGACUGGCUGAGGAGGUCCAAAAGCUUUUACUUUCUCGGGGCAGCAAGAAGAAAGUCGCCUACGUUGUUGGCGACAACUUGUUCUCACAGAUCGAUGGCCUCGAGAUACAGCCCCUCACUCGAGCGACGGGCGACUUCGAGAGCUGGAGGCGCAAGUAUCCGGAGAUCAUCUUGGCCAGCAGGAUGGGGCCGACAUCGUCAUCUGCGGGAGAUGUACUGACGCAAGCACGGCUAGCAGGUUCUCUAGUAGCUGGACAUUUGAUAGAAUGUGGUUGCUACGUGACCGGAGGCAACUUCGGAGGGUUUCAAACUCUCUUCCCAAACUACUAUGACCUGUCAUUUCCAAUCGCGGCCAUUGCAGUAGAUGGUACAAGCAUCAUUCAAAAACAGCCCAAUCAGAAUGGAAUCGUGACGAUCGACACCGUACGAGGUCAGUUCCUCUAUGAACUGCGGGGGAUCUUCUACUUCAACCCCGAUGUGGUCGCUGAUUUCUCCCGUAUAUGCUUUGAGCAAGUUGGCCCAGAUCGAGUCUAUGUCUCUGGGUUUAAGGGCAUGCUGGCUCCUGAGACUCUCAAGAUUGCAAUUAUGGCGCUAGGGGGUUAUCAAGCUGAGUUUUCUGUUUAUGUUACUGGGCUUGAUACGAAGGAGAAGGCUCGGAGCUUCGAGAUCAUGUCUCGGAGAAUGCUCAAAAGGAACCAAUAUGAGGUCCUAGAUUUCCAGCUUUAUGGAACCCCAAAGGAAGAUCCGCAGAGCCAGCUGGAAUCAACUUUGCAGCUUCGCGUCUUUGCCCAAGCAAAAGAUCCCAAGGUCCUGUCGGCCGGGCGCUUCCUGGGCCCCUUAAUGAGUAACCAGCUCUCAGGUUUCCCAGGCCUCACUCCCAACCUGGACUUCCGGACCGCUGAGCCAAAAUCGAUCUGUACCUACUUUCCAGGACUGAUCAAUCAAAAACAUGUCCAGCAGAGGGUCUACUUCUUCUCAGCCGAAGAUGACGAAAAAUGCGUCUCUGUCCCGUUGCACCAAGCUUAUACACCAGUCCACCAGCUGCCAAAUCAAUUGGACUAUCAACCAGCGCAACCCGUGCCAAUGUCCUCCUUCGGUCCAAACGUGAAGGCUCCGCUGGGGCUAGCAGUCUUUGCUCGUAGUGGGGACAAGGGCGCGAAUGUUAACAUAGGACUGUUCACUCCCCGCGGUCUCUACGAGUCUGAGAAGUAUGAUUGGCUCAGAAGUCUACUCACUACUGAAAAAUUUCGGCAGCUCCUUGCGAGAGAAAUAACGCCGGAAACGGACAUCGAGCGAUGCGAGUUUCCUCGGAUCCAAGCUAUUCACUUUGUCAUUCACGGCAUUCUGGGUGCAGGCGUCAGCAGUUCAGUCAAGAUGGAUGCGCUAGGCCACCACUUUCGUCUUGCCAUUUCGUUGGAUUUCUGUGUGCGGACUGGGGGUGUUAGUGUCUUAAGCCUUGACCGGGCAACAGUCAAUGACGUACCAGUUAGAACAUCCGAUCUCCUGACACGCAAGAAGAGCUCGAUUCAGGUCAACCUGAAGAACGAAGGUGGCAUCAGGCUGGUCAAGGAUCUUGCCAAAGAGGUUGAUACACUGAUCGACCCGUUUCGACCCGGCGUCCUGGAAAAGCAGGGAUUGGGACCAUGGACGUUGACGGCCUUGAACCCUGGACUCAUUCUUGCUCACCUGCUGGGAAACUUUGCGGGCGGUGGCUUUGUCUGCUUUGUGGAGAUCGUCCUCGCACUGCUGGCCAAGUUGUGGAAGUCAAUAUGGUGGACGGAAGGGUGUUUCACCGCUACGUCCCCUAAGUUAGCCACCAAGAAUCGAUAUGUUCCAGCGCGAGCGCAAAUAAUUCGACUUUAUCAAGCUAACAUGUCCCCUAACAAUGACUACACAGGGGCGUGCUGGAGCCGCAGCCAAGAAAUGGCAAAGCAACCUGGCCCUUCGUACGGGCCUGCUUUACGCGAAUAUCAAGUCAAAGACCCGUAA